UCUGUCUCCUAUCGAUGUGUGUGUACGUGUAUGUGUGUGUGUGUUUCCUUUUUUCUCCCCAAACCGAACAUGAAAUAGUUUGUUGGGCUAUACUUUCUUUCUUCCUAUCGUUCCCCCCUUCCUUCCUUCCCGUCCUGGUUCGCAGGCAGAGACAGGGCAGAUUGAAACCCAGCUGUGUUCGUCGCUUUUGGUCGUUGCCAUUUUCCCCCCUCAUUGCCCGGUGAUGUUGGAUAUGGGAGAGCGCAAAGAGGUGAAAAUGAUUCCUAAAUCGUCAUUCAGUAUAAACAGUUUGGUGCCUGAGGCCGUGCAAAGCGACAACAACAACCGCCAGAACCAGCAUCACCACCAGAACCAGCAUCAACACCAGAACCACCACCGGCCCGCCGGCGCGGACGAUGCCGAGCAGAAGGCUCCUCUCCCGGCCGCGCAGCAGGACAGCAAAGCGGACCCUAAAAGUGACUCAUCGGGCCAGGAGAGCUGCCCGGACGAGAAGGAGAAGCAGGAGGAGAAAAAGGACGGGAAAGACGGGGACGGCGGCGCCGGAGGGAAGGACGGAGAGAAGAAAAGCGGCAAGUACGAAAAACCUCCUUUUAGUUACAACGCGUUGAUUAUGAUGGCCAUCAGGCAGAGCCCGGAGAAGCGGCUCACCCUCAACGGCAUUUAUGAAUUCAUCAUGAAAAACUUCCCGUACUACCGGGAGAACAAGCAGGGCUGGCAGAACUCCAUCCGGCACAACCUCAGCUUGAAUAAAUGCUUCGUCAAGGUGCCACGGCACUAUGACGACCCGGGCAAGGGGAACUACUGGAUGUUGGACCCAAGCAGCGACGACGUCUUCAUCGGCGGCACCACCGGGAAGCUCCGGCGGCGGUCCACGACGUCUCGGGCCAAGCUGGCCUUCAAGCGGGGCGCUCGGCUGACCUCAGGCCUGACAUUCAUGGACCGGGCCGGCUCCCUGUACUGGCCCAUGUCUCCCUUCCUCUCCCUGCACCACCCACGGGCCAGCAGCGCCCUGGGCUACAACGGGACCUCCACGGGCUACCCGGGUCACCCCAUGUCCUACAGCACCAUGCUCACCCAGAACAUGGGCAACAACCACUCUUCGUUCCCGUCCUCCAACGGGCUCAGCAUGGACCGUCUGGUCGGCGGGGAUCUCCCCUACGCGACGCACCACCUGACGGCGGCGGCCCUGGCGGCCUCUGCGGUGCCCUGUGGCCUCUCCGUGCCUUGCUCCGGUGCCACUUACUCCCUGAACCCGUGCUCGGUAAACCUGCUGGCCGGGCAGACUAGUUACUUUUUCCCCCACGUCCCGCACCCAUCCAUGACCACGCAGACCGGAGGCAGCGGCGGCUCCUUGCAGGCCGCCCGGGCUUCGGCCUCCAAUUCCCCGCAGGCUCCGUCCUCCUCCUCGCUUUCUUGUGACUCUCUGAGGCCGGCCCUGUCGGGCUCUCUGCCGGCCUUUUCCACGGGACUUUCCGGGGGUUUGUCUGACUAUUUUACGCAUCAAAACCAGGGGUCGACCUCCAAUCCGCUUAUACACUAACACCCCAAACCUCACCCCUCCACCUUACUUCACU